UGACCGAACGAGAAGCUCGUACCUGUACAAAUGUAACCAACAAUACUCACUCUGUUACCAACCAUACUCACUCUGUAACCAGCCUUCUCCCAGUGACAUUUAUGGCGCUCCACGACACUCUGAGAGUGUUCGGAUUGGAUGGACAUUCGGUAUAACAGGAUAUUGAAAAUGAAUGGUUCAAUGGAAUAGACUAAUUCCUACUUUCCAUUGAGGGGAUCGACAUCUCGAUACCAACUGUGUUUACAGCUUGCUAUCCAAAAAGGCUCUGUUUACUAGGAUAGCUUUCUUAACAUAAGAGCUAAAUAACGUAAGAUUGAAGUAACUGCGCCGAUCUCACACAAGAUGUUGAUCCCCAUCAGCAGAGAACUCACCUGUAUCCUGUGCCUGAGUUUGUCUUUUAUGAUCUUGUUUUCUUCUGACGGUACCAUGCAAAAUAUGCAGAAGAUCAUCAUAUCCAGCAUCUCUGACGACAGGGCGGACUUCGAGGUGGAGGGCUACACAGUGACCGGGGUGCUAUACACAGUGUUUUCAGUCAGCCUUUGGUUUGGCCCUUACGUAAACAACGCAAUUGGACCUAAGUUUACAAUGUUCUUCGCUUCUAUUGGAUACUUGGGCGUAACAGUACCUAGUCUCAUUGAGAACGAGUGGGCAAUAUAUGGAGGCACUGUAAUAUGCGGAAUAGCUGCUGGGUGUCUGUGGCCAGCCGAGGGACACUAUAUGAUAGAAAAUUCCUCACCGGAAACCACAGCUCGAAAUGUGGGCAUUUUCUGGUCGAUAAUGAAGACUUCGACUCUCUGGGGUAACCUUUUUGUCUAUUACAAAUUUCAUGGGAAGCAGUAUAUUGACCGUACUACUAGAGAAACAGUGCUUUAUUUCUUGGUGGCCAUAAACAUACUCGCAGUAGCAUCAUUUCUGGUUCUUCCCAGUUCUACCAGUGACCACAAAACAGAGGGAUAUAGUCCUUCAAAAACAGUGAAGAAGUGUUGGAGCAUCCUGACGUCACGCAACAUGUUUUGGCUGUUUUUUACAUUCAGCUAUACAGGGUUGCAGCAAGCAUUUACCGAUGGCAUCUAUAGUCCGAGUAUUGGAUUCACUUUGGCAUUUGGGAAUUCUGCGAAGGAACUUGUGGCAUUAAGUGGUAUCGUUUUGAGUAUUGGUGGAAUACUGGGUGCAAUCGCCCCUGUCGUGUUGUCCAAAUGGAUCAGAAGACACGGGUAUGCUCGGAGAUCAAUAGUUCUGAUCGGCUGCACGGGCCAACUGUUGGCUUAUCUUAUCACAUUCAUCAACCUACCAGACACUGCGGUGUUUGGCAACACUGACCAACUGAGUCUCAUAACUCCAAGUGCAACAUUGGCCCUGACAGGAAGUCUACUUCUGAGCUUUGGCGAUUCAUGUUUGAACACUCAAAUAUACUCCAUCAUUGCUGACCUAUAUCGAGAGAACAGUGCUGAGGCAAUCGCGUAUUACAAAUUUGUCAAGGCAGUGCUGGUCGCUACGAGUUUCUACUGGUGUAGCCACGUGGGCCUACACACGCAGGUGGUAAUCCUGUCAACCUACGCUGUCGUUGGUGUUUUCUGCUUCUUCGUUGCCGACAGCGAUAUCACCAAUUCAAGGACUCACCCUACAAAGAAAGACACUCAGUCGAAACAGUAACACGAUUCGCACAAGGGAUGGUAUUUUAUCUGUCCUGCAAGUGGUUUGAAUGGUAAUAAGUUGGAGUGUACCAUUAUAUUCCGCUCCACUCUGAGAGUUUGGAUGGUUUAGAAGGUCAAAGAGGGUUCCGCUGAUGUUGUCACGGAUAAUUUAAGUUAGAGACAGGAGAUGAAGAUACAUUCACACAUCUGUAUCAACCGUUCAUGAAGGAAUAAAAUUACUGAAAUAUGUA